AUGUCAGAUCUCCUGCCGAGAGGCUACGCGGCAGACAAAGUCACAGGGUCGCCGCAAGAUGCCGCCGCCGUCAAGUCGCCUUUGCCCGCGGCAUCUAGGACGGACGGAAGCGAACUUGCAAGCCCGCCAGACCCGACCCCAACCUCGCCUUUCAGCUCGAGGGAUGACAAGCCGCCUCUGCAAGUGCCCCCCGACGGGGGCCUCACGGCCUGGCUCCAGGUGCUGGCUGGCCACCUCGUCGUCUUCAGCACUUGGGGCUACAUCAUCAGCUUCGGCAUCUUCCAGCCCUACUAUGCCCAACGGCUCUCGCUCGCUCCCUCGGCCGUCGCGUGGAUCGGCAGCGUUCAGAUCUGCCUCAUCUUGCUCGUCGGCACCUUUGCAGGCCGGGCCUUUGACGCGGGCUAUUUCCGGAGGGCCCUGGUGGUGGGCUGCCUGAUGCAGGUCAUUGGCAUCAUGACGACGAGCGUCGCGAGCACCUACUGGCAGCUGUUCCUGGCGCAGAGCCUGUGCCAAGGCCUGGGGUGCGGCAUCGUAUUUGCGCCCACCGUGGCCAACGUGUCGACGUACUUUACGCGGAAGCGCAGCAUGGCCAUCUCGCUGUCGGCCUGCGGGGGCGCCACGGGCGGCAUCGUAUUCCCACUCAUGGCGCAGCAGCUGCUGCCGAGGAUCGGCUUUGGCUGGACGGUGCGGGCCAUGGGGCUCGUGAUUGUCGCCUCCUCGGCCGUCGUCCUCUGCAUUGUCCGGACCAGGAUGCCGCCGCGCCGCGCCGGGCCUGUUGUCGAACUGGCCGCCUUCAAGGAGACAAGCUACCUGCUCUUUACCAUCAGCAUGUUCUUUACGCUGUGGGCCACGUACUUUGCAUACUACUAUGCCCGGUCGUACGUUCUCGACAUUCUAGAUGGGACGCAGUCCACGUCCUUGACCAUGUUGCUCGUCAUGAAUGCCGUCGGCAUCCCCGGACGCCUUGUGCCAGCGCUGCUGGCCGACCGCUACUUCGGGGCUGUCAAUGUCUUCAUCCCCAUCAUCUUCGGCGCCGCCAUCUGCGUCUUCUCCUGGGUCGGCGUCGACUCUCUCGCGGCAGACUACGUUUGGGUGUGUUUCUACGGCUUCUUCGGAGCCGCCAUCCAGGGCAUGUUCCCGUCGACGCUGGCGGGGCUGAGUGAGGACUUGAGCAAGAACGGGACGAGGAUAGGCAUGGUCUUUUCCAUUGUCAGCGUCGCGGCGCUUACGGGGCCACCGCUGGCCGGCAAGUUGAUUGAGGUCGGGGGCGGCCACUCGUACUUGGGGGCACAGAUAUGGGGAGGGGCAUGCCUUGUCUUGGGCGGAUUGCUUCUUAUUGCGGCGCGAUGGGCGAGCUUGCCACGAGGAGAGGGCAAAAGAAUUUAG